UUAGAAUUCGAAUUUUCUAUUCAAAUUUUUCGAAAAAAAAAAUUAAUUAGAUAAUAGAAUUAGCAAAUGGGUUCAAUGAGAUAUGAAAAAUAAAAAAAGUGCGAUUCAUAGAUUUAAUUAUGAUGAAUAAAAUGAUUGCAAUAAAGAUACAUCGGAAUAUAAACUUGAUGAAUUAUCAUUUAAAUUUUUACUAAUGUAAUUUUAGUACAUGCCUUGGAUAUAGAUUUUUAAACAGUCAUGAUGAUUGACAAUGAAAACCUACAGAUUAAAUGAACAUUGACUUAUUUUUUUUAUGAUCAACAAUGAUCAACAUUAAAGCGGUAAUAGACAUCACUAACUACCCACCUGACACAAGCACACUGCGUAGUACAUACAACAAUAAUAAAAACAAUAAAAAUGAUAAUAAAUAAUAAUUAUAAUAAUAACGUUAAUUUAUAUAUAUGUAUUAAAGUUCUGGCGCCGUCUACCAUUUUGGUCACUCAGGAAAAACAUGGCCGUCCAAGAGAAACAUACGGUUUUUUCAAUAUUUCUCAUAUAAACACAAGUGCUCUUUAAUAUUUUAAAAUAAAAUGAAAAAAAAAAAACAAUAACAAGUGUAUUUAGACCAUGUGUUUAGUGAACGAAUAAAUAUAUACUGUGAAUAUUAUAAAUUAAAAAAUAAAUAAGGUUAUAAACAAUUGAGAUUGAAUAGUAAUAAUUAAAAAAAUUCAUGACAAUGGAUGAAAGACGUGUUGCAGACUAUUUUGUAGUUGCUGGUUUACCUGAACAAAAUGAUGAUUCAGAUUGUAAUGAUGAAUCAUCAAGUAAACUUGAAGACUGGUGUCAAGAGGGUACACAUCUCAAGGACAUGAAUAUACAAGCACCAAUAACUGAUUUAGCAAUAAUAUUUCCAACAUUGGGUGAAACAUGUCCAGAUGGUUAUACACUAUUGGAAUAUACUGUUAGUGGUUUUCCAGCAAAUUUAAAUCAUGGAAGUAUAAGAACAAAUGAAUGUUAUAUAUGUUAUCGAAGAAGUAGAGAUAAACCACCUCUUGUUGAUAUUGGUAUAAUAUUUGAUGGUAAAGAAAGAAUAAUGAAAGAUGCACAAAUGAUAAAAACAACACCAAAUGGUCAUAUUGCAAAUAUAAAUAAUUCAACAGCAUGUACAUUUGUAACAUAUCGUCGUGCAAAUGAAAAAAUGCCAUGUAAUUCAUUAGUUGUUACUGAUAUUUGUUUAAUAUUAACAAAUAAAGGUGAAACAGCACCACAAGCAUUUUGCACAAUUAAAAAAAAUUUAAAUAAAGGUAUGCUUGGUAGUAGUGUUUUUUUGUGCUAUAAAAAAUCAAUGAAUCGUACAAAUUUAAUAUCAUUUAAACCAUCAAUAUUAUAUAAAUAUCCAAUGACAGACUAUAAUACAUUUGGUUUUCCAAAUUCAGUUGCUAUGUUUUGUUUACCAAUGGGUGCAACUGUUGAAUGUUGGCCAAAAAUUGCUAGUAAACCAAAACCAGUUUUUUCAACAUUUGUAUUAACAGUUGAUGAUGCAGCACAAAAAAUAUAUGGUUCAGCAAUAACAUUUUAUGAAGAAAUAAUACCAGAUAAUAAUAAUAAUUUAAAUGAUGAUGAUGAUGACCAUGAUGAUAAACAACAUAUUGAUAUUGAUAAUAAAAAAAAUAUUGAAGAUAAUGAUGAUGUUAAUUGUGUUAAAGUUAAUGAUGAUGAUGAUGCUGAUGCUGAUAAUAUAACUGAAAAUAAACCACAAGUUAAAAUGAAGUUAUUUAAAAAAUUUGGUAUAUUAAAAAAAUUAAAUUCUGCACAAUUAGAAAAAUUACAAUAUAAUGAUCCAGAAAGUCAAUCAUUAAAUAUUAGUAAAUCAAUAUGUAUAUUAUCACAUUGGCCAUUUUUUGAUACAUUUCAAAAAUUUUUAGAAUUUUUACAUAGUUUGGUUGAUGGUGAAGAACAAGAAAUACCAAUUGAAAAAUAUAUAUCAUAUUUUUUAUGUGAUAUACCAUUUCCAAGUCCACAAAGACCAAGAAUACUUGUACAAUUAAGUGAAACAGAUAGAUUAAUAUUAACACAACCAGAAGAUUUAGCAUUACCACGUUCUGGUGCUAGUUUUCGUCAAUUAUUAUUUAAUCUUGGUCCUGAUAAUUGUUUAUUAAUAUUACAUUACCACGUUCAGUUACGUCCUGAUUUGCUGAUUGUUCGAGCUGAUGUAUUAACAGCUGUUAGUGAAGCAAUAUCAAUGAUUUUAUUUCCAUUUAAAUGGCAAUGUCCAUAUGUACCACUUUGUCCACUUGGUCUUGCUGAAGUAUUACAUGCACCAUUACCAUUUUUAAUUGGUGUUGAUUCAAGAUUUUUUGAUUUAUAUGAUCCACCAUCAGAUGUUAAUUGUGUUAAUUUAGAUACAAAUGAUAUUACAUUAUGUGAAGAUAAAAAAUAUUUAAAUAUUAAAUUAUUACCUAAAAAACCAGCAAAAUUAUUAAAAAAUCAAUUGGAACAUAUUUAUUAUAAAUUACAUUCAAUUAAAAUACAACCAACACAAUUAUCAUCAGAUAAAAAUGAUGAUAAUAAUACAACUAGUCUUGAUAAUGAAUUACAACAACAAAAAUCUAAAUUACAAAAUAAACAUAAAUCACAACGUGAAAAAAAUCAUGAAAUUAGUCCAGAUAUUGAAUUUCAACAAAAACGUAAACAACAAGGUUUUGAACUUGAAAUACAAGAUUCAUUUUUACGUUUUAUGGCAACAAUAUUAAAAGGUUAUCGUUCAUAUUUAUUACCAAUAACAAAAGCACCAACUGUUGGUGCAACUGAUCCAACAAGUUUAUUUAAUAUACAAGCAUUUUUAAGAUCACGUGAUAAAGCUAAUGCUAAAUUUUAUAGUAUGCUUGUUAGAACACAAAUGUUUAUUAGAUUUAUUGAAGAACGUAGUUUUGUAUCUGAUAUGGAUAUGGCUGGUUUAGCAUUUUUUGAUGAAUGUACUGAACGUAUUGAUGAUGAAAAUGUUACAUUUUUAAAACUUGAUGAAUCACAACACAGUGAAAGAACUGUAUUUAUAUUACCACCAGAACCAGAACAAAAUCAACAGCCAAUUAUUUAUAAUACAUUUAAAUUAAAUACUGAAUUAAUGAAACCACUUAAAAAUAAGAAUUUUAGAAAUUCAUCAUUAAGUGCAUUUAGUAUUGUACCUGGUAGUCCAAUGGCAAGAAGAACAAAACAAGAAAUUGAAUAUGCUCAAAAAAGAGCACGUAAACAAGUAGGAUUACCAGCAAGAUGGGGAAAAUAUAUGUUGAGUACAUGUCACAGUUUGUGGUUUCUUCAUUUACCAGCAAUGUUACAAGUAUCAAAUCAACCAGCAGUUAUUCUUCAUCAAUCAUAUGAGCUUCUUGUUAAAAUGCAAAAACUUAAACUUGAUCCAAUGGAAGAGGUUUGUUACAGAGCUAUGAUGCAACUAUGUGGUGUUUAUGGUCAACCAGUAUUAGCUGUAAAAUUAUUAUUUCAUAUGAAACGUAGUGGUGUACAACCAAAUGCCUUGACCUAUGGAUUUUAUAAUAAGGCUGUUCUUGAAGCUACAUGGCCAUCUGAUAUGACAAAUUCAAGUCAAUUAAUGUGGAAUAAACUUCGUAAUGUUAUUGUUGGUGCUGCAUUAUUUAAAAAAGCAGGAAAAAAAAUUGCAAGACGAAGAUUAAGUUCAAAUUCUGAAGUACUUAGUAUUAAUCGUUUUAAAAAUACUGAUUUAGAACAUUUAGCUACAUCAAGAUCAAGUCUUGAUAGUACACAUUCACAAGAUGCUGAUACCAUUAGUGGUGAUUCAUUAAAAGGUCGAUCUAUUCCUGAUUUAGCAACAUUUAAUUUAUUAGAUAUAAAACCAAAAAUGUUACGUCAAGAUAGUAUUGUUAAAGAUACAGCAAUGCUUGAUUUAUUACAAUCUGGACUUGAUGAUUCACCAGAUGAUUCAAGAUUGACACGUUGUCUUGAAUCUCCAUUAAAAAGUCCAGUAAGAACUCCAGUUACUGAAAAUGAUCCAUUGGGUGCAUUGAUGAAUGAUGACACUCCAGUUGUAUCACCAUCUGAUGAAAAUGAUUCAAAUUGCUCAACAAGUACUCUGACUAUUGUUAAUAAUACUGUUGGUGAAAGACCUGGUGGACCAGUUUUAUUUAGAAGCAAUGUCAUGCCAAGAAGUGCAACAUUUCAUCAGGCAGUUGAUGAAAUUCCUCCAACUGUUAGCAGUCAAUUGCAAAGAAGUGAAACAAUGCCUCAUUCAGUUGCUCAAACUGGUGAUCAAGAAAAAGAACGUGAUAAAACUGAAUUUAGUAGUCUUUGGACAAAUAAAGACAGUGUCACAUCUAGCUUAUCAAGUCUAGGCUCAAGUCUUAAGCUGAGUUUUGGACGAUAUUCAACUGGACGUCUUGCAUUUAAUAAAAAUAAGGAUUUAGUUUCAUCCAAUGUUUUUAUUGAAUCACUUAGUUUCUCAAAUUACAUCAGCUCUUCAAGUUUAACUAGUAAAAAAUCAAAUGAAAUAAUACUUGGUGGAAUAAAUAGUUUAAAAUCAGCAGCAACAAGUGUUGCUAAAAAAUUUGAUGAAAUAAAAGAAGCAAUAUCAGCAACAAGUACACCAGUUAAAUUAAAAGAACGUGAUCAACGUCUUGGACAAUCACAUGAAUCACUUGAUUCAUUAACAGAUGGAUCACAACAAGAUCGAAAUGAUUUUUCAAGUGAUUUAACUCCUGAUAAAUUAAAUACAUUAUAUGACAUUACUGAAUGUAUGUAUCCAAAAGGUUCACGUGAAUUUGAAGAACGUGUUGCUGUUGAACUUGUUCUAUCAACUGCAAGUAGAUGUCAUAAUUGUUAUACAGUACUUUAUGAUGAAGAAAUAAUGGCUGGUUGGCAACCAGAAGAAUCAAAUUUAAAUACAAUUUGUCCAUUUUGUGAUAAACCAUUUGUUCCAUCAUUGACUGUAACAAUACUUGAUUACAGAUGUGAUGAGGGUGAUAAAAUCAAUGACCCAUUGACUGGUGCACUGGUUGAGCUUCUUGAUCAACCAAAAGAACUCUCUGAGCCAAUUACUUUACCUUAUUUAAAUCCCAUUGUACUUAGAAAAGAAUUAGAAUCAGUUUUGAGUGCAGAAGGUGAUGUUUGUCUUACAAAACAUCAAUUUAUUCAAAAUCAUGAUAUUAUUUAUUGGAAUUUAAUAUGGUUUUAUGAAAGAAUAAAUUUAAGUAGUCAUUUACCAGAACUUUGGUUAAAUAAUGAUAAAAUUAUGGAAUCACAUAAUAAUUUAUGUUUAGUUGGUGUACGUACAAUGUGGGAUAAUGAAAAUUUAUAUAAAAAUCAUUUACCAAUGUAUUUACAAUGGAAACAACAAGAUAAUAGUAUUGAAGAAAGAACAUUGAUGCAGAGUGUUAUUUCAAAUGUUCGUCAUAAUAGUUUAUCAGAACCAAUUAAAAGAGUGGCCUUAGAGAGAAAUAAUAUUGUUCGUGUUAAAGAAGCACCAUUUUCAAUUUAUCGUGAUAUUUUAUUCUUGGCUUUUACUGUACUUGGAAGUGGCAAUAUCAAUCUUGGUGUAUUUGAUCGUCAAUAUACAACCGCUCUGGAGGGAUUAACGGAUAAUGAUGAUAAAUUAUUAUGUUGUACUGAUGCACCACCAUCUGCAAUGACGUUAUAUUGUAGACAAUAUUUUAAACAAUUGAGUAUAUAAUAAUUUUUAAUUAAUAAUAAUAAUAAUAAUGCAGGGCAAAUAAAUU